AUGAGGUGGGAACCGAUUAACGAAAGAAUAAUCGUUGCCAGAUUCAGAACACGGGUUAGGAACCUUACAGCAAUCCAGUGCUAUGGGCCAACAGAUGCUGCCGACCUGCAGGAGGAAGAGAGUUUCUACAAUCAGCUGAACAGUGUGGUUGAGAAAGUCCGGAAGCGGGAUAUCCAAAUAUGCUUAGGUGAUUUCAAUGCGAAGAUUGACUCAAACAAUACGGACCUUGAACGCGUCAUGGGACGCCAUGGUUUAGGAGAGAUGAGCGAAAACGGAGAGCUGUUUACAGAAUUAUGUGGUAAUAACAACAUAGUGAUUGAUGGAUCGCUCUUCCCCCACCGACCAGUACAUAAGGUCACGUGGGUUUCCUGCGAUGGCCGAACAGAAAACCAAAUCGACCACAUCUGCAUCAGCCGAAAAUGGAGAAGGAGUCUUCUUGAUGUACGCAACAAGCGCAGCGCCGAUAUUGCAUCCGACCAUCACCUUGUCAUCGCUCACGUUCAACGGCGGGAGGAGAAAGUUGGAUGUCGUUACGACGUCCGCCGGUUGGAGAACCCUGAGGUGAAAAGAGUAUUUGUUGAACAACUUGUGUCACGAGCCUCGGAGUGCCAGCUAGUGGAUCUGUUGAAGAGCUAUGGAGUAGCAUCAAGAACGCCUUUAUCACAACCAGUGAUGGAAACCUCGGCAAAGUACGCAGCACGCGGAGGGAGUGGAUUUCAGAUGAAACCUGGAGGAUGA